GGUAUAUAAGCGCCCGCUGCUGCGGGGUCUGAUAAACACUUGCCCAUCAGCGAUUACAGCUCCAACAUGUACACGACAUUGGUGUUCCUCGUGGCUUUGGUAGCGUGUAGCGCAGCCGCCCCCGCCCCCGCGGAGGAGCCGAUUCCGAUCGUGAGUCAAACGCAGGAUGGACCGAACCCUGACGGGUCGUACAAAUGGAGCUACGAGACCGGAAACGGCAUAAAAGCCGAAGAAGAGGGCCAGUCGCAGAACGCGGGGUCGGCCGACGAGACGAAGACGGCGAAGGGUUCCUUCAGCUACACCGACAACGAAGGCCAGGCCUUUUCUUUGACCUACGUGGCCGACGAGAACGGCUUCCAACCGGAAGGAGCUCAUCUGCCGACGCCUCCACCGACCCCGGAGGUGAUCCUGAAGGCCCUUGAAUGGAUAGCGGCUCACCCCUCGAAGGAGGACGAGAACACCGUCUAAUUCGGCCGAGUCCUUCGACCUGAUCUCACGACUUCGAGACGAGCUCGGGGACACCCCGCGGGGGGUCCUUCCGGAGACCGGAAGUCUCCUCGACUUCCGGAAUUCGAUCGGCCCCCCCGACCCGCCACGACCCUCUCACCUGACUCCGGAAGAGACACGCUGUACAUAUUUAUUAUAUAUAUAUUUUAUUAUCUACUAAGCGAGCGAGAUGAGAGAGAACGAGAGGCAAUGUAACUCGCCGUUCCGAGAUGCCGAGGAGUAUUAUCAAUAAAGGUUGCAUCCCAAAG